GCGGCGGGAUGGGCGACCGGGAGCUGCGGCAAAUCCAGAAGAGCAAGGAGAAGGCCCAGCGGAAGGGGGACCGGAAGGAAGAGGCUGCUCUCUGCAACCAGCUUGGAGAGAUUUUAGCUCGUCAUGGGCGCUUCCAGGAGGCACUGGAGGAGCACAGGCUGGAGCUGCAGCUCCUGGAGAGGGUUGACGACGGCAUCGGCUGUGCUGUUGCCCACCGGAAGAUUGGGGAGUGCUUGGCUGAGCUGGAGAGCUAUGAAGCUGCCCUGAAGCACCAGCGCCGCCAUCUGGAACUGGCCUGCUCUCUCUCCAGUCACGUGGAGCAGCAGAGGGCUUGGGCUACCAUUGGCCGCACCUACAUGUUCAUGGCUGAGAGUGACCAACUGGGGGAGGCCCUGCAGGAGGCAGAGAGAGCCUUCAUGAAGAGCCUGGCUGUUCUGGAGGAUAAGCUGGAAGGGGAAGUGCCGCAGCGGGAGGUGAGUGAGAUGAGGGCGCGGCUCUACCUGAACCUUGGGUUGAUCUAUGACAGCCUGAGGAACCCAGCCAUGCGCACUUCCUACAUCAAGAAGAGCAUCUACAUCUCAGAGCAGGCCCACCUGUACGAAGACCUCUUCCGAGCCUACUUCAACUUGGGCAACAUCCACCUGCGUGAGAAGGAGCAUUCAAAGGCCAUGCGCUGCCUGGAGCGCGCCCGGGAGUGCGCCUGCAAGAUGAAGGAGAAGUACAUGGAGAGUGAAUGUUAUGCCAGCCUUGCCCAGGUCCUGCUGGGCCUGGGGGACUUUGUGGCUGCCAGGCGAUCCCUGAAGAAGGCCUACCGCCUGGGCUCCUGGCAGCCCCAGCAGCGGGACAGCAUUGGCCGCAGCCUGCGCUACGCCACGAAGGUGAGCCGCUUGCAGCAAGCCCUGGAGGAGGCGGAGGGGGCUGGCCACCCGCAGGAAGCCCUGGGCCUGUGCGAGAAGCUGGGAGACCUUUUCUGCAGGGCGGGGGAGUACCGGCAGGCUGUGGAGGCCUACGAAAAACAGCUUACCCACGCCCAGGCCUUGGGGCGUCCAGAGCAGGAGCUGGCUGUGAUCCACGUCUCUUUGGCGGCGACCUUUGGGGACCUCAAGGAACAUGCCCGGGCAGUGCAGCAUUACCAGGCAGAGCUGGCCCUGCGGCGUGGGAACCCCCUGGAGGAGGGGAAGACGUGGCUGAACAUGGCCUUGACCAAAGAUGAGGCUGGGGAGAACUACCAGGAGAGGGAGCCCUGUUUCCAAGCCGCUCUGCAGUGUGCCCGGAAGGCCAGCGACCCCAAACUGGAGCAUCAGAUCCUGCGGCACUUCCACGCCGCUCAGCAGAGGUGUGGUUGCCCGGCGGCGGCAGACACGUUAGCCAGGCUGCAGGCGCUGUGUGCCUCUCAGGGCUGGUGCGCAGAUGGGGAGAGCAGUGAGGAAGAGGAGCUGCAGAACAGCGAGCCCUUGGAAGUGAGCGACCUGGAGCUCUCCAGCAGCGAUGCAGAGGAUGACCUGGAGGGCUACCGCAAAACGGUCCCUGGACGGCGCAGGAUCACCAAGUGGAACCAGCGGAACGACAAGGGCGAGACUUUGCUGCAUCGCGCCUGCAUUGAAGGGAACCUGCGCCAGGCCCAGUAUUUUCUGGAGAAGGAGCACCCUCUAAACUCUCGGGAUUAUUGUGGAUGGACCCCACUCCAUGAGGCUUGCAACCACGGGCAUCUGGAGAUUGUGCGCUUGCUCCUGGACCAUGGUGCCGCCGUCGAUGACCCUGGGGGGCCUGGCUGUGAGGGCAUCACCCCGCUGCACGACGCCCUCAAUUGCGGCCACUUUGAUGUGGCUGAGCUCCUGAUCCAGAGAGGCGCAUCGGUGCUGCUGCGCAGUGCCACGGGCCUGAGCCCCUUGGGCACCCUCCAAGCCUGGGUGCAGCUCUAUGGGAAAGAUCUGGACCAGGAAACACGGGAGCGCUGCAAAGCCAUGGAGAGCUUGCUCCAGAAGACCAUGGCGGACCAAGCCCCCCGAUCGCAGCCCCCCCGAGGAGAGCCAGCCAGCCAGCUCUUCGAUGCAGAGCUCCCAGAGUGCCAAGCCCCCUGCCCUCCGUGCCUAGCUCUGAAGGCCCCCAGCCCCAAGCACAGCCAUUGGGAAGCGGAAGAGGACUGCAUGGCUCCGCUGCGGUCGGUCAAGAAGAGGCAGCGGCUGCUUGGCCAGGCCCCGGGGGGGGAGGCAGGACCGCCUGCCCCUGCAGAAUAUCAGGCUGCUAUGCUUGGGGUGGGCAGUGCCCACGUCCCCCUCCCUCUGAGCCCAGAACGGAGCAAGGGGCCCCCCAGGCCAGCCCUGAUCCCGUUGCAGGAGUACGUGGGGGACGACUGGCUGGAGGAUGACCUGGGGCUGGGUGCGGGCUCUCGCAAAAGAAGCCGCCAGAGCCCAGCAGAAGCCUGGGGGUCUGCGUCGGAGCAAAGCAUGGUGCCCGGGAGUGAAGGGGAGGCUCCCUGCCAGCCCCCAGCGGCCACCAGGAAGAGGAGGAGACGCAUCCGGCAGAACCGCCUCACCCAGAUCGUGGACCGGACCCUGCUGGGGAGGAGCCGAGGGGCUGGCAUGGUACAAAGACUGGAGCCCGCAGCCGAGGCCCGCAGCCUUCUGGAAACAGCUGGCAGCAGUCCGACUGGGGGAGGAGAGAUCCCGCAAGCGGGUGCAAUGCAGCUGCUGUCGCCUCCUGUCCGGGUGCGCGUCCGGGUGCAGGACAGUGUCUUCCUGAUUCCCGUGCCACAAAGCGACGGCGAGACCCGGCCAGUCUCGUGGCUGGCAGAGCAGGCCUCCCAGCGCUACUACCAGACCUGCGGGCUCCUCCCUCGCCUGACCCUGAAGAAGGAGGGGGCCCUCCUGGCUCCUCAGGACAGCAUCGUGGAUGUCUUGCAAAGCAACGAGGAGGUAUUGGCCGAAGUGCAGUCCUGGGACCUGCCGCCCCUUGUGGAGAGGUACCACAAGGCCUGCGAGAACCUGGCUCUGGGAGAGCACCCGUUACUUGUGAAGCUGUUGGAACGCCAGGAACCGGGUUUCUCCUUCAGCGUCUGUGGCAUAGCUUUGCGUCACCAGCACCUGAGCCCUCUCCUGUGGGCACUCAAGCUGCAAACUUCCAUCCGCCAGCUGUGUCUCUCAGGAACUGGCCUGGGUGAUGACUCUGCCGAAGAGCUUCAGGCCACCCUGAGGACCCUCCCUGGGCUGAAGCUGCUCGAUCUCUCGGCCAACCAGCUGGGCCCCGACGGUGUGCAUAAGUUGGCUGCCGGCCUUCCUGGCUCAUUUGCCUUCCAGAACUUGGAAGAGCUGGAUCUCAGCUUGAACCCGUUGGGUGACAGCAGCUCCCCAUCUCUGGCCUCGCUGGUUCAGGCCUGCCCUGUCUUGAGCACACUUCGAUUGCAAGCCUGCGGCCUUGGGUCCACCUUCCUGGAGCCCCACUGCCUCCUGCUGGCCAGCGCCUUGAAAGGAGCUGUGCACCUCAAGCGACUGACUCUGUCCCACAAUGCGCUGGGCUCGCGUGGCCUCGGGGUGCUGCUGAAAAGCCUGCCCUGCGAAUCGCUCACCCACCUCGAGAUCGGCUCGGUGGAGCCCAGGGCAGGGGACCAGCUGCGGCUGAGGGAGGCGGUGGCCGGGUAUCUGGCGCAGGAAGGCUGCCUUCUUACCCACCUGGGAUUCUCUGGGAAUCACCUUGACGAUGGGGACGUUUCGGAGCUAGCUAGGGCCCUCCCGGCUUGCCUGUCCUUGGACUCGCUGGACUUGUCCACAAACCCUGCGAUCGGCGUGGCUGGUCUCCAGAUGCUGUUACUCGCCCUGGAGAAGAGGAAGCGGGGCCUCCGGUUCCUUAGCCUGGCUGGCUGUUCUGUCCGUGGACCGCUGGAGAACGUCACGUGGACCAAGCUGUCCUCCCUGAUACGGCAGCUGCAACUCUGCAGUCGGCAGCUCAGCAGAAGCGAUCAGCGGGAGGUUGCUGAACUCUGGCACGGCCCAGCCAAAACCUCCCUUCAUUCUGUCACACGUCACCACAAACUUUUCUGCCAGAGCCUGUAGCACAGGCACCCUGAAGAUGGAGGCUGGCUAAUCAAGGACCAAGGAGUUGGGGACACAGCUGCACACCGUUUCCCCCCCACAGGACCAGUACUGAUGACUCUCAGUUGAAAGUAAGGAAUAGCACAACAAACUCGAGAGCGCCAGUGAAUUGAAGACAAGCCAUUAUAGCUGCGGGUGAAUGUAGCUCUGGCUUGUGUAGCUGAGGACUCUGUGCCUGCAGAGUGGAUUUGGUUGGGAGUAAAAGCACCCCAUGUUCUCCAUGGGCAAAGCUGCUGUUUUUAACUAAUAAUUCUUCUAAUUCUGUCCUCUUGCUUUGAACUGUCCUGUAUUUAUUAAACGCCAGUGCUUCUCUUCCACUGGCUGUAAGCAGAGCCGGGAAGGGCUGCAGGCCUUCCCCUUUUAAGCUUUGGGUGAAAACUU